AUGGUCGAGCGAUAUUGGGCUAUUGUGUUGAAGAAUAAUUUAACGCACAUUAUAUGCCGUAACAAGACAUUAUUAGACUGUAAAAACGAGUAUCACACAAUCCCAAAAGAGCUUCUUGACCCUUAUGAGCAAGAUGUAUUAGAUUUUCCAUUUCUAGCAGACAAAUGGCCGGUUCUUAUGCUCAGCAUCAUCGCCCUUUUUUGCAAUGUAAGUGAACUUGUAUGCUUGAAGUUGCGAAAGUUAAAAAACACCAAAUCAGAAUAUUUCAUAAUAAGUUUGUGUUUCCUUGACUUAGCUUACAGUUUACUUACUAUUACAGCUAUAACUGUAAAACUAAUAGAAGAAAAAGCAAGAAUUUAUGAAUCAGAGGAGAUUAUUAUCAUAACGAGGCAGUUUCAAUGGUUUUCAAUUUUUGGGUCGAUUUUCCAUGUGCUGGCUAUCUCAUUGGAAAGAGUAUUUGCUGUAACGUACUUAAUGGAAUAUAGAGUGUUAAUGGAAAAAGCAAAUAUGUUGGUAUGUGUUCUAACGUUGUGGAUACUAACCCUGGUUUUACAAGGGUCCAUAAGCAUUUUUCAAUAUCACAAAGGAAUCGAAUAUGGGUUAGAAAAAGCUUCGAGAACAGCUGAUAAGGCCACCGGGGGAAUUAUCUUUUUUGUUGGAUUCCUAAUAUGUAUUUUAAACAUUACCAUGGUGUAUAAAAUACUAAAACAAGCAAUUCUCUUGAGAGGUUUUUCUGAAAGAAAGAAUCGCAGAGCUUCAAUUACUAGCAGAAAAAGAAGUGGAGUCGAAACAUUGGCUUUCAUCACAUGUUGUUUGGUUUCUUUUGGAUUUUUGAUAUUUAACUUUCCUUACGCCGCAAUGUUAAUAUUUUUCAAGGAAGCCAGUUUAAAGUUUGAAGUAACAGCGGAAUGUUUACUGAUUACAAAUUCAAUAUUUAAUCCAAUAAUUUAUUUUUGGAGGGGAUACUGGUUGCGAACCAACAGACGAAAAAGCGUUAAAAGAAGUUUGAGUUACUCCCAGUCAACGGAAGCCAUAUUUCAUUUAAACAAUACGCCAUUUAAUUACCGAAGAUCUCAAGAAACAAUUACAUUGGCUUCUACAAAUAAUAACUCCACUUUGUAA